AUGCCUGCAUCCUCUCCCGCAGCCUUCCUGCCUGCCAGCCUGGGGGUACUUGCACCCCCAGAGCCCUACCCUCUGCCUGCGACCAGCUCCAGCUGGGAGCGUCCACGGGCGACCCUGUUCCCAUCAGGCCCCUGCACCAGCUCAGCAGAACCCGUGGCCGAGCCCACGGGUCAGGGCCCCAAGAACCCAUGCGUGUCCGGCGUGACUGUUCAGCUGGAGAUGAAGCCUCUGUGGGAGGAAUUUAACCAGCUGGGCACAGAGAUGAUCGUGACCAAGGCAGGCAGGAAGAUGUUCCCCACCUUCCAGGUGAAGAUCCUGGGCAUGGACACCCUGGCCGACUAUGCUCUGCUCAUGGACUUCAUUCCGCUGGAUGACAAGAGAUACAGGUACGCCUUCCACAGCUCAGCCUGGCUGGUGGCAGGCAAGGCGGACCCCGCCACACCGGGCCGCGUGCACUUCCACCCCGACUCGCCCGCCAAGGGUGCCCAGUGGAUGCGCCAGAUCGUGUCCUUUGACAAGCUCAAGCUCACCAACAACCUGCUGGAUGACAACGGUCACAUCAUCCUCAACUCCAUGCACCGCUACCAGCCCCGCUUCCACGUGGUCUUCGUGGACCCACGCAAGGACAGCGCACGCUACGCCCAGGAGAACUUCAAGUCCUUCGUCUUCGAGGAAACACAGUUCACCGCCGUGACCGCCUACCAGAACCACCGGAUCACACAGCUGAAAAUCGCCAGCAACCCUUUUGCCAAGGGAUUUAGAGAGAGUGACCUGGACUCCUGGCCUGUGGCCCCACGGCCCCUGCUGAGCAUCCCAGCCCGGAGUCGGAGCAGUCUUGGUCCCUGCCAGCGGAAGAACUCCUCAGAGAGGGAGAGAGACCCCAGCAAAGCUUCGGCCUCCACCUCCAGAACGGCUGCUCAGUUCCACCACCAGCUGCUGCCCUCUCCUGAGGCCCUGCUAGGCCCAAGCACCUACAGACCCCUCACUUACCAGGACCUCUACCCUAGAGCUCCACGCCACCCCGGGAUUCCCAGGGCCCGACCUACACCAUAUCCCCUACCCAAUGUCCCGGCUGCUGGGGAUCAGGGAGGUCUGACCCUGCCAGCGGGCCUAGGACUUCUGUCCCGUUCUGCCCUGGGCCUGGGACCUGGCCAGGACUCUCCAUGAUGGUGGAAGUCUACCAGGGACCCUUCUUACUGGAAGUGGACUCAGCCUAUGCUUCUGCCCACCUCCUCCAGCUCCACCUCUGCAGAGACUCCCUGCCCAAGGACAGCAGGGCAGCAUGGGUCUAAGAGGGAUGCAACCUGCCUAGUCACAGCAAAGCUGAGGACAUGGCAGGCCUCUACUCAAGCAACUGUGAAUCCCGCCCAGCGUGACUCCCUCAAACCUCACUUUACUUCUCUUCCCCCAACAUUAAACUCUUUGGCAUGGGUA